GGUUGGGGGAGGAAAGGGGGCAAAAGGGUGAAGGGGUGGGUCUUGGCCACCAGAUUUGUACCAUGUAAAUAAAAAGCCCUUUCCAAUUUCUCUUCCCCAGGUCUGAAGCCAGUCUUGUAGAGGGCUGGAAUGGACGUUGGACAACUAGAACCCUGGGCUUUGCAGGGUGCUGGCAGCUGGAAGUCUCCACCAUGGCCUGUCAGGAGAAGCCCCUGGGGGCUGGUCUACCAUGCUGACCAGUGGUUGGAUAGAGUGCCUGCUGAGGUCAAGAAAUGCAGCCGCCAAUUCCCGGACAACCUAAAAACCUCACAAGCUUCAAGUCUCCAAGGACUCUCCAAAUCCCAGGAUCUCCCUGUCAUCACAUCCUAGAAUUUAAAACCUGAGACCAUCGAGUUCAGGAAAACUUGGGGAUUUCAAAGCCCGGCACCAAAGAAAGCGGGACCCACACUCGCCAGCUCUGUGAUCUUGGGCAAGUUGCUUGACUACUUAUACCUCCAUUUUCCUCAUCUGUAUAACAGCAAUACAAUAAUAAUGAGAUGGAGCUCAAGGGGCCAUGGUGAGGUUUGAACAUGAUCACUUGUGAGACAUGUUCAGCAUUGUAUCUGACCCAUGGAAAAUUCAAGAUAAACAUCAGCUACUGAGAUGAUGGCGGAUAUUUGGAAUCCUAAAUCCUUGGAAUCUGGGGUUUUUCAAAGCAAAAGAUCCCAAAGGCUGAGGGCCUCAGAAGGAUCAGGCCAUGAUGUUCCUGAAACAAGAGGGUCAGGGUCCCAGUGGGCCUCUGGGCUUCUUCGUGAGGAUGGAUGCAUUAAUACUGGGGACCUGCUAGGGACCUUCCCAGUGGGACAGUGGCUGGGUCAGGGCACUCAAGCCCUAAAACGUGAUGAGGCAAGACUUUUCUCUCUUUCCUUAUUCAGUAACUAUCAGUAGAUUCUGGGAGCCAGGGAUUCUCCGACUCUUCGAUUCCAUGAAUUGUAGGGGAUGACGGUGGGCUCUCCACUUUCUCCUCCAUGAAGUAACUUACAUGCCCCUCACCCUCUGUGGGAGGGGUGUUGCAGGGGGUCCAGAACUCCCCUCGCUGGGUAGUUUGAGCAGUGGGGACCAUAUCAAUUUCAUCUAUGGGGAAACUGAGGCCUGGAGCAGGGCAAGGCCUCUGGGAACCCAGCCCUAUUCUGUCUCUUUCACUGGCAUUUCCCAUCCACACAUAGAGCUUCAGAUUCUCUCUUUCUUUCCCCAGAGACCCUCAAAUAUCUUCUCACUCACAGAAUGGUGUCUCUGCCUGCCUCGGGUUGGCCCUGUGAUUUAUUUUAGUUCUUUUCCCUUGUUUUUUUUUUUUUUUUUCACACUCUACACACUUUUGUUUUAAAAACUGUGGUUUCUCAUGAGCCCUAUUAUCUCAUUGAUACCUCUCACCUCUGUGGUGAGGGGAAGAAAUCAUAUUUUCAGAUGACUCGUAAAGGGCAAAGAAAAAAACCCAAAAUUUCAAAAUUUCCGUUUAAGUCUCAUAAUCAAGAAAAGGAGAAACACAGAGAGAGAGAAAAAAAAAACUAUGAGAACCCCCCCCACCCCGUGAUUAUCAGCGUACACACUCAUCGAAAAAAAAUUUGGAUUAUUAGAAGAGAGAGGUCUGCGGCUUCCACACCGUACAGCGUGGUUUUUCUUCUCGGUAUAAAAGCAAAGUUGUUUUUGAUACGUGACAGUUUCCCACAAGCCAGGCUGAUCCUUUUCUGUCAGUCCACUUCACCAAGCCUGCCCUUGGACAAGGACCCGAUGCCCAACCCCAGGCCAGGCAAGCCCUCGGCCCCUUCCUUGGCCCUUGGCCCAUCCCCAGGAGCCUCGCCCAGCUGGAGGGCUGCGCCCAAAGCCUCAGACCUGCUGGGGGCCCGGGGCCCUGGGGGAAUCUUCCAGGGCCGAGAUCUUCGAGGCGGGGCUCAUGCCUCCUCUUCCUCCUUGAACCCUAUGCCACCAUCGCAGCUGCAGCUCUCAACGGUGGAUGCCCACGCCCGGACCCCUGUGCUGCAGGUGCACCCCCUGGAGAGCCCAGCCAUGAUCAGCCUCCCACCACCCACCACUGCCACUGGGGUCUUCUCCCUCAAGGCCCGGCCUGGCCUCCCACCUGGGAUCAACGUGGCCAGCCUGGAAUGGGUGUCCAGGGAGCCAGCACUGCUCUGCACCUUCCCAAAUCCUGGUGCACCCAGGAAGGACAGCACCCUUUCGGCCAUGCCCCAGAGCUCCUACCCACUGCUGGCAAAUGGUGUCUGCAAGUGGCCCGGAUGUGAGAAGGUCUUCGAAGAGCCAGAGGACUUCCUCAAGCACUGCCAAGCAGACCAUCUUCUGGAUGAGAAGGGCAGGGCACAAUGUCUCCUCCAGAGAGAGAUGGUACAGUCUCUGGAGCAGCAGCUGUUGCUGGAGAAGGAGAAGCUGAGUGCUAUGCAAGCCCACCUGGCUGGGAAAAUGGCACUGACCAAGGCUUCAUCUGUGGCAUCAUCUGACAAGGGCUCCUGCUGCAUUGUAGCUGCUGGCAGCCAAGGCAGUGCCGUCCCAGCCUUGUCUGGCCCCCGGGAGGCCCCUGACAGCCUGUUUGCUGUGCGGAGGCACCUGUGGGGUAGCCAUGGAAACAGCACAUUCCCAGAGUUCCUUCACAACAUGGACUACUUCAAGUUCCACAAUAUGCGACCCCCUUUCACCUAUGCCACGCUCAUCCGCUGGGCCAUCCUGGAGGCUCCAGAGAAGCAGCGGACACUCAAUGAGAUCUACCACUGGUUCACACGCAUGUUCGCCUUCUUCAGAAACCAUCCUGCCACCUGGAAGGUGAGCUCCUCUGAGGUGGCGGUGGCUGAGAUGGCCUCAAGUGCCACCGCAGCUCGAAGUGGGCAGGCCUGGGGCUGGGCUUAUAGGCACAUUGGGGAGGAACGGGAUGUGGGUUGCUGGUGGUGGCUGCUGGCCUCAGAGGUUGACGCCCACCUGCUCCCUGUCCCCGGCCUUCCACAGAACGCCAUCCGCCACAACCUGAGCCUGCACAAGUGCUUUGUGCGGGUGGAGAGCGAGAAGGGGGCUGUGUGGACCGUGGAUGAGUUGGAGUUCCGCAAGAAACGGAGCCAGAGGCCAAGCAGGUGUUCCAACCCUACACCUGGCCCCUGACCUCAAGAUCAAGGAAAGGAGGACGGACGAAC